CCUUUUAUAAACCACCAAACAAAUCGUUCUCAAUCAACACACAUUUUGAUUUUGUUGUGCGACAUGAAGUACUUCUGCGCUAUAUUCGUGUUGCUCAUCGUUCUUGGACUCAAUGCUUCUGACGGCUACGAUUGCAAGAUCGUCCAGUUUAUAUUUGGGGACUCGUUGUCUGAUGUAGGCAACAAUAGGAACCUACCGAGGAGCUUAGCGCAGGCGAAUCUGCCCUUUUACGGUAUAGAUUUUGGCAAUGGUUUGCCUAAUGGAAGGUUCACUAAUGGCCGAACUGUUUCAGACAUUAUAGGUGAUAAAAUUGGGUUACCAAGACCAGUAGCCUUUUUGGAUCCAUCAAUGAAUGAAGAUGUUAUACUUGAAAAUGGAGUGAACUAUGCUUCAGGAGGUGGUGGAAUCUUGAAUGAAACUGGUGGCUAUUUCAUCCAAAGAUUUUCUCUAUGGAAGCAAAUAGAAUUAUUCCAAGGGACACAAGAUGUAAUUGUGGCAAAGAUAGGGAAAAAAGAAGCAGACAAAUUCUUCCAACAAGCUCGAUACGUCGUCGCUUUAGGCAGCAAUGACUUUAUUAACAACUACUUGAUGCCUGUCUAUGGCGAUUCUUGGAAGUACAAUGAUCAAACAUUCGUCGACUACUUGAUGGAAACACUUGAUUCUCAACUCAGGGUGUUGCAUAGUUUGGGAGCGAGGAAGCUAAUGGUGUUUGGGUUAGGACCAAUGGGUUGUAUCCCACUUCAAAGAGCUUUAAGCUUCGAUGGUCAAUGUCAAAACAAGGCUAGUAAUCUUGCUAAGAGAUUCAACAAAGCUGCAGCCACAAUGCUCCAAGAUCUCGAAACCAAGCUCCCAAAUGCAAGUUACAAGUUUGGUGAAGCCUAUGACCUUGUCAACGACGUCAUCACUAACCCACAAAAAUACGGAUUCGAUAACUCGGAUUCGCCGUGUUGCUCGUUCUACAGAAUCCGGCCGGCGCUGACAUGUAUUCCGGCGUCGACGUUGUGUAAAGACAGAAGCAAGUAUGUGUUUUGGGAUGAGUAUCAUCCCACCGAUAAGGCGAACGAGCUCGUUGCUAAUAUUCUCAUCAAAAGGUUUGAUUUCAUGCGUGCUGACGACGGUCCUUCCGACUCUCCUUCUCCCGCCCCGGAUCUUGCUCCUUCUCCCGACGAUAACUAACUGAUUGAUGUCUUAAUUAUAUAUAAUGAUUUUCGGUUUAUGUAUAUUUUGUUGAUCAUGUUGUGGAGAAUCUCGUUUGUCCUAAAUUUUUAAUUACCAUUUUUGUUGGGUAAAAUAAUGUUCUGUUUCUGUAAUAUCUUCAUAUUCUGUUGUGUGUCUUAUAAUAGUAAA